AUCUUCUGUCUAUCUCCGUCACAAUGCCCUCUGAAAAACGGAAACGAACGCUGAAUCCCUCCUCCUACUCUCCUCUCUAUACCUCCUGUCAUGAGACUCAUGCACCAGCUACAAUAACCCACUACGAACAGUCCCAAACCUCCAUCACCACCAACAUCCAGAUUUUCUCCUCGUCCUCCUCCUCCUUCUCCACUUCGCACCCAUCCAGGACAAUAACCUCCGGAUUCAACACCCAGUUCUCUUACAACAUGACUGUAUCUUCCCAAUCCUUCGACGUGAAUACUAGUUCUGGUUUCGUUCCAGCUGCUAUGGACUUUGAGCGUGCGGGUUUGGACUUUAUAUCUGCUGCUGAGAGGUUCGAGCGUGCGGGGUUAGAUUUUGUUUCUGCUGCAAUGGACUUUGAGAGAGCUGGACCGGUUGUUGCUUCCGCUACGGAGGAUUGGAGACAAGGUGCUGUGGAGUUUGCGUAUCAAGCUGAGGCGUUUAGGGUCGAUGCGGAGGCAUUUGCGUCGGAGUCUGUGUCGGCUUCGGCGUCGGCUUGGGUCUCUAGUAGCGAUGUUGGUGGUGGUGGUGGUUGCUUGGGUGUUGGGAAAUGGGAAAGGGUGAGGAGAGGAGGAAGAAGGGAUGCUAAAAGGGAGAGGGAAGAAGAAGAGGUUGUUGUGACGGAGGAGAGAGAGGAGAAAAGAAGGAAGAUUCAGGUCGAUUAG